CUGUAUUUUUCAUUUAGUUUGCUAUUGUGCUGUACGCAACAAAUUUCGCGGUACAAAAAAUUGACACAGAAAAAAAAUUUAGAAUAAUUAGCCAAUUAAUUGGUUUACUCGCAUUGUAAAUAAAUAGUCAUCUAUAUAAUCACUGGUCAAUCAUGUACGCAGACGAGGACGGCGAGAUCGAAGGCGCCGACGAGGAGAUAUCGUCGCGGGUCUGGCAGGAGGCCUGCUGGAUCGUGAUCAACGCCUACUUCGACGAGAAGGGCCUGGUGCGCCAGCAGCUCGACAGCUUCGACGAGUUCAUCGAGAUGUCCGUGCAGAGGAUCGUCGAGGAGUCGCCGGCCAUCGAGAUCGAGGCCGAGACGCAGUACCUGGACGGCCAGCUGGACGCGGCCGGCUGCAAGCACCUGGUCAAGUUCGAGCAGAUCUACCUGUCGAAGCCGACGCACUGGGAGAAGGACGGGGCCCCGGCGCCGAUGAUGCCCAACGAGGCGAGACUGCGGAAUCUGACCUACGCCGCGCCGCUCUACGUCGACGUCACCAAGAGCGUCGUGAAGAAGGAGCCCGACGAAGGAACCGCCGCCGAAACGCAGCAUCAGAAGACGGUCAUUGGCAAGAUUCCAAUAAUGCUGCGCUCCAAAUAUUGCUUUCUCGCCGGUCUAUCGGACCGCGAUCUCACCGAGCUCAACGAGUGCCCCCUCGAUCCCGGCGGUUACUUCAUUAUCAAUGGAUCGGAAAAGGUGCUGAUAGCGCAAGAGAAAAUGGCAACCAACACGGUAUUCGUGUUCGGAAUCCGAAGCGGCAAGUACGCCUACAAGACUGAAAUACGAUCGUGCUUGGAGCACAGCUCGCGUCCGGUAUCGACUUUAUGGAUCAAUAUGAUGUCCAAGAGCAGCUCGUCGAUGAAGAAAUCGGUCGUCGGUCAGCGCAUCGUCGCGAUCCUACCCUACAUCCGCGAGGAGAUACCCAUCAUGAUCGCGUUCCGCGCGCUGGGCUUCGUCGCGGAUCGCGACAUACUCGAGCACAUCAUCUACGAGUUCGACGAUCUCGAGAUGACGGAGAUGCUGAAAGCCUCGCUCGACGAGGCCUUCGUCAUUCAGGAGCAGGACGUGGCGCUUAAUUUCAUCGGGACGAGGGGCACCAAGCCGGGCGUGCCCAAGACCAAGAGGAUCAAGUACGCCAAGGAGAUACUGCAGAAGGAGACACUGCCGCACGUCGGCUGCAGCGACUACUGCGAGACCAAGAAGGCCUACUUUCUCGGCUACAUGGUGCACAGGCUGCUCGUCGCGGCGCUCGGUCGCCGCGAAUUAGACGAUCGAGACCACUACGGAAACAAGCGACUGGACUUGGCCGGGCCUCUGCUGGCCUUUCUAUUUCGCGGACUGUUCAAAACCCUCACGAAGGAGGUGAAGAUGUACGCGAAAAAGUUCGUCGACAGGGGCAAGGACUUCAAUUUGGAGCUGGCGAUCAAGACCAAAACGAUCACCGACGGCCUGAGGUACUCUUUGGCCACCGGCAACUGGGGCGAUCAAAAGAAAGCUCAUCUGGCCAGAGCUGGAGUUUCUCAAGUUUUAAAUAGAUUGACGUUCACCUCGACCCUGUCGCACUUGAGGCGAGUCAAUUCGCCGAUCGGCCGGGACGGCAAACUGGCGCGGCCGCGACAGCUGCACAACACCCUGUGGGGCAUGCUGUGCCCGGCGGAGACGCCCGAGGGCCAGGCCGUCGGCCUCGUCAAGAAUCUCGCCCUCAUGGCCUACAUAAGCGUCGGCUCGCAGCCCCUGCCUAUUCUCGAGUUUCUCGAGGAGUGGUCCAUGGAGAAUCUCGAGGAGAUAGCGCCGAGCGUCAUCGCCGAGGCCAGCAAGAUCUUCGUCAACGGCUGCUGGGUGGGCAUACAUCGCGAUCCCGAGCAGCUCAUGACGACUCUCAGAAAGCUCAGAAGGCAAAUGGACGUGAUCGUAUCGGAAGUAUCGAUAACUCGGGACAUCAGAGAUCGAGAGAUCAGAAUUCACACGGACGCUGGAAGAAUCAGUCGGCCUCUGUUAAUCGUAGAAAAUCAGAAAUUGCUACUUAAAAAGUACCACAUAAACAUGCUGAAGAAAUUCGAGUACAGAUGCGAUGGGUGGCAGGAACUGGUGAGCAGCGGCGUCGUCGAGUAUAUCGACUGCCUCGAGGAGGAGACGGCGAUGAUCGCCAUGUCGCCGGAGGACCUGAGACAGGAGAGAUCGUACGCCUACUGCACGAGCCACACGCACUGCGAGAUCCAUCCGGCCAUGAUUCUGGGCGUCUGCGCCUCCAUCAUUCCUUUCCCCGAUCACAAUCAGAGUCCUCGCAAUACCUAUCAGAGCGCCAUGGGCAAACAGGCGAUGGGCGUGUACAUAACGAAUUUCCACGUGCGCAUGGACACCCUGGCCCACGUUCUCUACUACCCUCACAAGCCCCUCGUGACCACGAGGUCCAUGGAGUACCUUCGAUUUCGCGAGCUGCCCGCCGGCAUCAACAGCAUCGUCGCGAUCCUCUGCUACACGGGCUACAAUCAGGAGGACAGCAUCAUUCUGAACGCGAGCGCGGUCGAGCGCGGCUUCUUCCGCUCCGUCUUCUAUCGCUCGUACAAGGACUCGGAGGCGAAGCGAAUGGCCGAUCAGGAGGAGCAGUUCGAGAGGCCGGAUCGGCAGAGCUGUCAGGGCAUGAGGAACGCCAUUUACGACAAGCUCGACGACGACGGCAUCAUAUCGCCCGGAUUGAGGGUCUCCGGGGACGACGUCAUCAUCGGCAAGACCAUGAUGUUGGCCUCGGACGACGACGAGUUGGAAAGCUCGAUGAAGCGCUACACCAAGAGAGACGCCUCGACUUUUCUGCGCAACAGCGAAACCGGCAUAGUCGACCAAGUCAUGCUGACCCUCGACAACGACGGAUAUAAAUUUUGCAAGAUUCGCGUGCGCAGCGUCCGAAUCCCCCAAAUCGGCGACAAGUUCGCCUCUCGACACGGUCAAAAAGGAACAUGCGGAAUACUCUACCGCCAGGAGGACAUGCCGUUCACGAGCGAGGGCAUAACUCCGGACGUGAUCAUCAAUCCGCACGCCAUACCGUCGCGCAUGACGAUCGGCCAUCUGAUCGAGUGCAUCCAGGGCAAGGUGUCGGCCAACAAGGGCGAGAUCGGCGACGCCACGCCCUUCAACGACGCCGUCAACGUCCAGAAGAUCUCGAGCCUGCUCAUGGAGUACGGCUACCAGCUGCGCGGCAACGAGGUCAUGUACAACGGCCACACCGGCCGCAAGAUCAACGCCCAGGUGUUCCUGGGCCCGACCUACUAUCAGAGGCUCAAGCACAUGGUCGACGACAAGAUACACAGCAGAGCCAGAGGACCCGUACAGAUUCUCGUCAGGCAGCCUCUCGAGGGCAGAGCGAGGGACGGAGGCCUGCGUUUCGGAGAGAUGGAGCGCGACUGUCAGAUCAGCCACGGUGCGGCGCAAUUUUUGCGAGAACGACUCUUCGAGGUCUCGGACCCUUACAGAAUACACGUGUGCAAUUACUGCGGACUCAUCGCCAUAGCCAAUCUCAGAAAUAAUACCUUCGAGUGCAAGGGUUGUAGAAAUAAGACGCAAAUAUCCCAAGUCAGAUUGCCCUACGCCGCCAAGCUUUUGUUCCAAGAGCUCAUGUCCAUGAACAUAGCGCCUCGACUCAUGACGCAAUGAUUCUUUUUCUCACUUUGAAAGCGAAUUAGAUCGUCGUGCUCGAGGUUUGGAAGAAAAGUAAUAAUAAGUAGAGUAAGGGGAUAUUGAAUUAUGCUCAUUAUAUUUUGAGCCUAUAGAGAUCGCUUUGGUCGAUUAAUAAUUGUGUCUCUUCUAAAUUUUAUUGGGAUAGACAAUGAUCGCAGCAGCAAAAAAAAGGAAUUUUUUGUUUUUAAAAAUUUUCUGAAUGAUGACGGAAAAUCGAUCGAUUUAUAUGUUUGAUUUGAUGAUGCAAUCAUUUGUUGAAAUUUCGAAAGUCGUUACAUUCCCAAAUAAAUGCUCUUUUAUCAUUAGAUAAGCAGU